GAUGUGUUUUCAUUGGCUAACAUUACGUGUGUUGGAGCUUUUACGAGUUUUCAUUGGAUAAGUAUACUACAGCGCGUGCUAGGUAGUUUAUGUAUCAAUUAAAUCGUCUGUAAAGAGUUUGGAAUGAAAAUGUUGUGUUUCGUUAACUUUUCAUGUAAUGGAUUAUGUUUUAACAUGUGUCAUGGAUAGGCGACCAUGAUUUCACGCAAGUCAUGGCUGCUGUUUGCAUUAAAACUCGUAGCACAAAUUCACAAACAGAUGUCCCCAGAGUGAGACCAUGGCUAUGGAUACUGAACAUGAUGGUCCAGGCACUGCUCUGCAUUCCAGGAAUAUUGUGCAUUCAAGCCUCCAAGUUUGCCAGUCUGGGCGGCCAGCAAAUACUCGACUGUGAUCUGAACUUUCCUGGGGGCCGACCUGUGACCUACAUGCUCGACUGGAAGAAGGAAGGCUUACGGGACUCGGUUCUUGUCAAGUACGACGGAUAUGCCGCGAACGUUCAUGAGUCGUAUAGUGGGCGAGCGCGUUUGGUGAAAGAAAUCUCCUUAGAAAUUAGUCAUAUACAGGAAUCCGAUGAAGGAUGGUAUGAGUGUAAAGUGAUCUAUAUAGACGGCACUGAUAACCGUGAAGCCAACGGUACUUGGAUUUACCUUAAUGUUUACAUUCCGCCCAAGAUAAUAUCUAGCUCACCGCAGUCUUUCCAUAAACCUUUGAACUCCACUGCCCGAAUAUACUGCAAUGCCGGGGGCUUUCCAAAGCCUCAGGCCUCGUGGACAAAAGACGAGCGACCCCUUGUCAUAUCCCAGCGGGUCACACUUCAGAGCGAUGGUAGUGAAGUGAUAAUAAGAAAUCUGCAGAAAGACGAUGGCGGCAUAUAUAAAUGCACUUUCAAUAACUCUGUGGGCGCUAUUGCAAAUACAGUCCAUCUGAUUGUGGAAGGUCAGGCAUAUAUUAUUGGUCAUCCAUCCAAUAAAACAGCUGUGCUGGGACAGAGGGUACAGUUUAUAUGUGAGGCCAGAGGGUACCCCGCCAACAUCACGUAUAGAUGGUACAAAGAUGGAAGGAAUGUGAACCUGCUGCAGGGGUACGGUUCCCGUAUUGUGAUCCAGAAUGACGGGAGCCUGGUGAUCACCAUCGUUGAGAAGGUCGACAUGGGCUGGUACCAGUGUCGCCCUAGCAACGGAGUGGGACAGGACCCAGAGGCAGUGGCCUUCCUCAAUGUCACAUAUAAGCCUACAGUCCUCCUAGAUCAGAUGACUCGAAGUGUGAUAUGGGCACUAGAUUUCCAAGAGCGACUUGACUGCCCCGUGGAUGCAAACCCCCCAGUAUAUGACACAGUGUGGACCAAGAAUGGCAUCGUGAUAGACCACCAGUCAGACCCGCGUCUCAUGUUGCUAGGCAACGGUAGUCUACUUGUGCAUCGGGUGUCAACAGCAGAUUCAGGAAAUUACAGGUGUACGGCAAUGAGCACUUUUGGGACUGGUGAUUCACAGAUAAUUCAGGUAGAGGUAAAAGACCCUCCUAGGUUCUUAGUGCGCCCUGACGCCCAGUACUUUGGACAACUGGGCGAGGCUGUUGUUCUACCCUGCGUUGCCACUGGAACACCGACACCAACCAUUGUCUGGAGAAAGGAGUCCAGUCCUCUAGACCUUGGUGCGCGAGUGGUCAACAACGGGGGAAAUCUGACCAUCUACAGCCUGGUCAAGACUGACCACGGCAUAUAUGAAUGUGAGGCGCAGAACCCUGUGCGCAUCAUUGUCACUAGCACAGAGAUUAUCAUUCAGAACACCACACCAUAUGCUCCAUACAAUGUUACCGUGGAAACAGAUCUGUUUACAGCAAAACUGCGAUGGUUACCGGCUUAUAGCAGUACACCACAAUAUUUCAUUAUAUGGUUUCGCUCAAUCAUCAACUCGUACCCGGGCACAUGGACGACCAUGCCAGUGGAGCCCAAAGACGCGACCCGGUUCACUAUCUACAGUCUCGAGCCAGACACCAACUAUGAGUUCAAGGUGCUCGCAAAAAACGAGAAGGGGGAUGGGCAGUUCAGCGAAUCUGUCCUCGCAAAGACACUUGGUGUUGUCGAUGGCAACCCCAGUGUCCCGCCCACCGAUGCCUCUGGCCAGACCUACUUCCCUCCCAUUGUGAGGCCUAUUGGAGAGAGGCCCACAUCCCCAGCCAACGUGACUGUGGUCCACGACAAAGACGGUCUCAUUGUGACAUGGAACCAGCCUGCCAAGACCCCUGUCACGAUAUUUCAGUAUUCUGUUGAAUACAACUCGGGUGGUGGGUGGACUCGCAGUGACCUUAUUAAAGCCCCAGGCACCAAGUUUGUCCUGUCGCCCAUAGAGCCUGGGCUCACCUACAGCUUCCGAGUGUUGUCCCAUGGUCUUCUCGCAUAUAGCAUUCCCAGUGAUGUUGUCAGUAUUCAAGUGCCCAAAGAUGAAGAUUUUGGUUUAUCGAAGACGGUUAUCGGAGGCAUAGUUGGAGGCCUUCUGUUCUUGCUGGUAGCGAUCACUCUGACCGUCCUGGGUGUCGUCUGCACCAGACGUAAGGACAAGAAGAGGAAGACACAACAACACAAACAAUAUGGGAAUGUGAAAUACUCUGGGACUAAUGAUGAGACUGAUGGAAAACCUGAAUAUACGCCAGAAUGGAGUGAGCCACCACCAUACAGAGGAGGAGGAUAUCCUCUAGCCAAUCAGAAUGCUUAUCCUCUAGCCAAUCAGAAUGCUUCCCCCUACGGCCUUGACAACGGUGUAUUCAUGCUGCCCCAGUCUGCCGAUCCGUAUAGCAGUCUGCGGUCUCGUGAUAAACUGUUUCCUAAACGUGAUAGUGAUAGAUAUUUGCAUAGAUACAAUGAUGAACAAGGUCCUAGUGGGGCGUAUCAGCCAGACAGAUCUGAGGAAUAUGUUAAUAAUAGAAGUAAUGCAGACUUUGUGAAUAAUUUUGAUAGAAACAGCACAAUUAACAGUGGUAGGCAUUUAGUACCAUAUGACUAUAAUGAUGACACCAUUAGGUCUAGAGGUAGUAGAAGUACAGCUAGAAAUCGGUCUAGAUCUCAGCCAGCCUGGCGCCAUAGCGAUGGACCAAGUUACCCUGUCCCUCGGCGACCGAGGUCAAGAGGUCAGUCGUUGCCGAGGGACAGUCUACUUCCAGAUUCCAGCUUUCAAGAUGACAUUACGAGAUAUGGACCACAGCCCCAGAAACCAGCCAGAGUUCCCCAACAACCAACCUCCCAGACCCCUGUGCAAGAGCAGAGGUCAUUCCCUUCUUACCAAAGCAACAGCUUUCCUAGUCAGCAAAACAGUGUAGAUGAUGUUUUCAUGCCCCCAUUACACCCUGCAAGAAAUCACCCCAGUUUGCCACGCCACAGUUCCAUGAAGCCCGGAUCUCAACAGACUUACCUUACCGACGACCUUGACACUUCGGGUCACCCUUUUAUGGCUCAAGACAUAAGUUCUGUCCUUCCUUCGCCAUAUCAACCAUACCAGCGUCAGUAUCCUGAGCCUCAGUAUGAAAACGUGCCAUAUGACAGUCGAAGUCGGCUUUACCCUCGUCCUGACAACAGUCGGGAGAGUACUUACGAUGACAAUGACAACACAGUUGUUGCUAGAAACCAGUCAGCACCUGAUACAACUCUCACACAAAGUGACCGUGAUCAGAGCGAUGGUUAUCCAUUCAGUUACACCCGCGAUCAUCUGUUAGGAGCGGUGGAUCAAGUUCGCAGAGCCAAAGGCUCUUACAGGGGUGCUCAAGAUGCUCAAAUUCCAGAAAGUGUAAAACCAACUGUUAUAGUGCGUGAUCGUCCCAGCAAAAGCUAUUCCAAUCAAUUUCCAUAUCAGCAGUACAGUGGGGUCAACAAUCGGAACAGUAUAAACAGUUCAGGUACAGGCAGCUUACAAGGUCAAGGGUCAGCUAGACGUGAUCGGCCAUCUGUUAGGGAGGACCUCACCCCUGACUCUGUUAGUAGUGGUAUCGGUAGUCGGAAUACCUCAUCACAGCUGACGGGAUCGUCUCUCCACUCACGACCUUCUCGGCUUGGAUCAAGCCUGGCCCCAAAUGAGCAGAAUCUGAGCCGUGACUCGGGGGCUCACACGAGCGGGAAUUCACCUCCCUAUAGGAAGGACAUAUCAGGGGACGAAAAUUAUGAGUUUGACUCGUAUAAUGCUGUGGAGACAGAUCUGCUCGAAGCCUUGAGGAAUUACUCAGAGGUACACAACGGCAACGAGGACUUGCUGAGUGCUUUGCAAGAGGGCUUAAGUGCUACUGGCCUCAUGUCAGAAUUGUAUCCAAAGCCCUCAAGGCAGAGUAGAUAUUCGGACUCUGAGCAACGUUUCGAGAAACUUCGGGGUGAAUUUCACAAGUACCGCCAACGUCAGAGGGAUGAGACCCACGACCCGAGAGCCCAGGGUUAUCUGUCCUACCUGCAGCCAAGUGACAGUUACAGCUCCACCCGCAGCUCUCGCCACUCCGGCCUGCCUGAGCCCUUGACCCGCGGUCACCAGUAUUACUCUCCACAUCAAGGCAAUGGCUCCUACAAACAUGGCCCUAUGGACAGCGAUAUGCUCUAGGGACCUUGACCCGCGGUAACCAGUAUUACUCUCCACAGCAUGGCAAUGGCUCCUACAAACAUGGCCCUAUGUACAGCGAUAUGCUCUAGGGACUUGACUGCCAUGCAGGGUUUAUACAAAUGGUUCAUAUUGUUUUAUUUUGAUUUUCUCAACUUUUAUAUGCUACAUUUUCUAUACAAUUAAUUGAGAUUUUGUGGACCCUAUUAUUAUGAGGCUUAUUCUGCUUUUGAUUUGGUUCUAAAAUUUCAACAGUUGAUAUGAACUAUUUUGACAGAGCUUUGAACUGUUUAAAAACUUUACUUGACUGGUUUCUAGGGCUCUUCACUGGUGUUCAAAUGUCUUCUUUUAAGAACUUUUCAUUUUUUCUUGCAAUUAAAAAUUCAUUUAUGCCGACCAAAAAGUGUAAGCCAGUAAGCAUCCCACUGUUAAAUUCUGAUUUGGGCUUGAUGAGAAUCCUUAUUAUAUUUACGCGGGUCUGUACCAUUUUCUUACUCAUAUUUGUGAGUAAAACUGUAAUAAUUUGGCUUGAUUGAACGUUUUAUAUUGAUUACUAUUUCAUAUCACUAAUGGCUCUUGAUUGAAAUCCGUACUGAAACAUAUGGCCUUGUGUUGAUUACUAUUUCAUAUCACUAAUGGCUCUUGAUUGAAAUCCGUACUGAAACAUAUGGCCUUGUUUUAUAUCUCCACUAGUGAGAAUGAUUUAAGUCAUAUCAGCUUAUUAAUUUAGGGCAAAGUGCUGAAAAACAUAUUUUGUACCUUAAAUAAUUAUUCAAUUAAUUAAUAAUACAUUCUUCUUGACAAGGAGGUUGUAUUGUUCUGAACUCUCUGCACUUGUUAUUAAUUGAGUUGUACAUACUACAACUGUGUUGUCUAUGUAUCUAGGAUCGUUCACUGUUAUAGUGUGGAAUUAUACAUAUCACAGUAUUUUCUUGGCCAAAUACUGACCCCCUGUGUUGUGCAAGCAUUCCAGUGUGGUGUGUUGGUGAGAAUGGGCCAAUAUGUGCAUACAGUUCUUGUACUGGUAAUUCAUGGUAAAUUGUAGUGAAGAGUAAAAACAAAAGAUUUCACCAAUGUCUUGAAAUAAGUUGAUGCAUAUUGUUAUUAGUUUGUAUAUUAAUUUGGAAACUUGCAAUUGGUCAGUUUUGCUUAAGUUUUUUUUGCAUGAAAAAUGUGAAACAAACUUAAUAACUCCAGCACAAAAUAUCAAACAUAGUUCUUUGACAGGCUUUCUUAGUGUUGUAAGAGCAAGGUAUAUGGUAAACAAAUUCAAGUCCCUGUAGGCUAGAUUUAAUUAUUCAUAUCAUUUGCCCAUCAAAGCAGCUCUAUGUAAAUUAAGGAUUAGUAGUCAUGGCAAAUUAGAAAUUAGUAAUGUAUUUAUUGGACAAAGUCAAAUAUAUAUUUUUUGUUGUGUCAAUGGCAAUAAUUAUUGUAUUAUAAGGGGCCUUUUCACAGAUUUUGGCAUGUAUUGAAGUUUUUUAUUAAAUGCUUUAUAUUGAUAAAUGUAAACAUUGAAUCUAAAAAGCUCCAUUAAAAAAACAAGAAUACAAUUAAAAAAAAGAAAAAAAAGUAACCCUCAACAGGGUUUGAACCACUGACCCCUGGAGUCCUGGAGUAAACUCUACUGCUUAGACCACUCGGCCAUCCGUGCUGAUACAGUGAGAGAUAUACUUUAUAUAAGCAAUCCUCGUAGUUUCAAAAAAUAUACCGGCAACGACA